AUGGGUCACAGCCGGCGUCACGGCUUGGAAUUCUGCUGUUGCGCUUUUCCCCUCGUCAAUGCUGGUGCCUAUGUGAUCAUCAUAGAGACAUUUCUGGUCGCGUUGGCCGUGCUCGUGCUGGCGCUUGCGCCACCAGCCAUCGUAGCAGCCACUGGCUCCUUGCCAGCUGGUUGGCCCAAGUACAUUGUCGCGAUCAUUGCGCUGAUCAUCAUGCUGCUGCAGCCUGUGGGCCUCUUUGCAGUGAUCAAGCAACGACCUUCCCUGUACCGCGGCUAUCUUCGAAUCGCCACCAUACUCGUGUUGGCAGAGAUUCUCGUCACUCUGGCUUUCUUUGCAGUUGCUGCAGCCAGACAUUCGACAGCGCUCGAGUCGUGCAUCGCACUAUACGCCAAUACUCCACAGGGAGAUGGAGCUGGUUUCAGCACAUCACAGACAGACAAUGCCCUCGAUGGCGUAGGAGACACGAUCUGCAACGUGUGGAUAUGGAUUCAGGUGGGCCUGAUGGGUCUUCUCAUUGCGCUGGUUGGCAUCACUCAGGUGCAGGCCUACUUGGCGCACAAAUCAUACAAUGGCGGGCCUCACGAAGGUAUUCCGCUCGCUGCUCGAGACUCGGAGGUGUGG